AUGUAUGCCUCAAUUACAAAAAAGAAAUACUUGUCGUUUGACAUUGGAGCACAUUGUAUCGAAUUAUGUGUCCAGCACCAGAAGCCAUUAGGAGAUGAGGCUACCCUUCGCUCCGUGUUCGUCCUCGCGUUGAUCCUCGUCUCGCUUCCCGCUCUCUACGCCGCGUCCGCGCCAAAGCCGCGGGGCGACGAUGCUGCUGCUGCCGGGGACGCGGCGGCGAGGUGGGGCCGCGAGCUGCUGGAAGCGAGCAGGGGCUCCUCCGCCGCAAGUGGUGCCUCAGCUGGUGCCAACGCGGACCAGCUGGGUGGCGAGGAGGACGAGGUGACGGGCGGGCUGGACGAGGCGGUGCGGGUACUGAUUGGCUCGGGUGCGUGGGAGUCGGUGAGGAAUAAUCUGCGGAGGGCGGCGGAGAGGAGGGCGGCGGGCCAGGCAGGAGGGCUGGCGGAGAAGCAGGUGCGGAAGGGCGGCGUCGCUGCUGGGGGAAGCGCAGGCGUGGGCGUGGCGAGUUGGGGCCGCAAGCUGCUGGAGGCGAGCAGCGGCGCGGCUGCAAGCGGUGCUGACGUGGACGUGAACCAGCUGGACGUGCACGUGGGUGGCGAGGAGGAGGAGGGGGAGGUGCGGGAGGCGACGGACGGGGUGGAGGAGGCGGUGAGAGUGCUGCUGAACCUGAAGAAGAUCUGGAAGAAGAUGAAGAACACAGCGUCGAAUGCGGCGGGCAAGGCGGGGAGCCUGGUGAAGAACGCGGUGGAGAAGGGCGGGGUGAGCGCGAUCAAGGCCGGCGUGAACGCGUACGUCAGUGGCCAGGGCGUGAAGGGCGCCGUGUCGGCGGCCGGUGGCUCGCUCGCACACACCGCGAAAACGAAGCCUGCAGCCGAGGCUCGGCCCGAGCCACGGGCUGUCCGUGGUGGUGGUGCUGCUGAAGCAGAGGUGGCGGGGGGGUUUCGGAAGGGAGGGGCGGAGGAGGGGCGAGCACUGGCGAAUGGUGGUGCGUGUGAUGUUGUGGGAGGGGGAGGGCGGGGGUGCGUGGCGACGGAGGGGCGGGAUGAACCGCAAGCUUCUAGAAGGUCCUUGAAGUCUUGGUUGCAAAUGAUGCACACUGUAGAGGGGAUGCGGGAUGGGGUGACACAGUGA